CAGAGGAGCUCUCGUCAUAUGUUGUGACAGAUUAGAAACAGUUGUUUGUCGCUGUGACGCUGGUUGGCAGAGCCUGUCUUUGUCCUUCACAUCGGCUUGUCACUGUAGCGCUGCUGGCCAUGCACGUUACUUCACUGGAAGAGUGGACGUUUUACAGACCCGGGGAGAGCAGAGUAUCGGCAAUGAUCUGAGGGGGCUCCUGGCAGACUCGGAGCAGAGACCGUGUGCAGACCCACCCCCUUCCGGCGGCCCCUGCCCCACCUCCCCUCCCCCGCCGACAGGAUGGGCCGCAAAAAGAUUCAGAUCACCCGCAUCCUGGACGAGCGCAACCGACAGGUGACCUUCACCAAGCGGAAGUUUGGUCUUAUGAAGAAGGCGUAUGAACUGAGUGUGCUGUGUGACUGUGAGAUCGCCCUCAUCAUCUUCAACCACUCCAACAAGCUCUUCCAGUACGCCAGCACUGACAUGGACAAAGUGUUGCUGAAGUACACAGAGUACAAUGAGCCCCAUGAGAGCAGGACCAACGCUGACAUUGUGGAGACUCUCAAGAAGAAGGGAUUUAAUGGCUGUGACAGUCCGGAGCCAGAUGUGGACGACCCGAUUGAACAGAGUCCCUUUGCGGAAGACAAGUAUCGGAAAGUUAGUGAGGAUAUCGACGUCUUAUUCAAAAGAUACGGGUCCACCAUGCCGUCGGCCAAUUUCACCAUGCCCGUGACCAUCUCGGUUGGCAACCAAAACUCGCUGUCCUACAGCAACCCCGGCUCGUCGCUGGUGAGCCCGUCGCUGGUCACCACCUCCCUGACUGACUCCAGCCUCCUGAGCCCGCAGCAGUCGGUGAUGAGAAGGAACACCAUCUCGCCUGGCGUCCCCUCGAGGCCGCCCAGCUCCGGAAACCCAGGUGCACUCAUAGGAAGUGAGCUCCCCACCUCGAACGGAGGAUGUCCCAGCCCUGUAGGGAACGGCUACAUUAACCAGAGGGCAUCGCCGGGCCUCCUGUCCACCAGCAGCCUCCCGAAAGUGAUGUCGCCAAAGUCACCGCCUCCUCCGGCCGCGCAGCUGACCCACAGCAACAACCGAAAGCCGGACCUGCGGGUCAUCACCUCACAGAGCAAAGGGAUGAUGGGGUCUCUGAGCACCCAGGAGCUGACCAGCUCCCAGGCCACGCAGUCGCUGACCACCCCCGUGGUCUCGGUCGCCACGCCCAGCUUGCUGCCGCAGGGGCUGCAGUACUCCGCCAUGCACACGGCGUACAACACAGACUAUCAGCUCACCAGUGCCGAUCUAUCUGCUCUGCAAUCGUUUAAUUCACCUGGAGGGCUGUCGCUAGGCAACGUAACGACUUGGCAGCAGUUGGCACCAGCGACACUUAGCAACCUCUUCCUUGGCCCCGGGAACCAGUUACCUCAGGUCUCCACGCUGACGGUGGGCAGCCAGGAUGUGCAUGUGAAGUCGGAGCCAGUCUCCCCGACCCGUGACCGCACCACCCCCUCGGGCCUCCUGCAGCAGACGCACCCCCAGGACACGGGCAGGUCUCCAGUGGACAGCUUGAGCAGCAACAGCAGCUCCUUCGAGGGGAGCGAGCGAGACGAGACGCGGGAUUACAUUGUGCCCAUCGGACCCAUGAGGGUGGCAGGGGAGGAGGUGGAGAACCCCUCAGUCAAGCGGAUGCGCAUGGACACCUGGGUCACCUAACGGCGCUUUCUAGCCCCUCCCCGCUACUGCCCCCUCUCCCC